UUCCACCCUCCCCGGUGCUCGGCCAUUCUGCGCCUGCGCGGGAGAGUCGGGAGGCUCGGGUUGCGGGCUCUGGGGCGAUAUCGCCUGUCAGUCGGUGGGUCGGUCUUCCCGCCGGCCUUCCCCCUCCCGGUUCUCCGCGGGAGGCGCGGUGGAGUCCGCCCCCGGGAUCCCCCGAUGGGGGAGAAGCGGCGACGGCGGCAGCGGAAUAACCGAGCCGGAGCGUGAGCGGCCCCGGGGCCCCGUUCCCGGCGGAGGCCAUGGGCGACCCAGCCCCCGCCCGCAGCCUGGACGACAUCGACCUGUCCGCCCUGCGGGACCCUGCUGGAAUCUUUGAGCUGGUGGAGGUGGUCGGCAAUGGAACCUAUGGGCAGGUGUACAAGGGUCGGCAUGUCAAGACCGGGCAGCUGGCUGCCAUCAAGGUCAUGGAUGUCACGGAGGAUGAGGAGGAAGAGAUCAAACAGGAGAUCAACAUGUUGAAAAAAUACUCUCACCACCGCAACAUCGCCACCUACUACGGGGCCUUCAUCAAGAAGAGCCCCCCUGGGAACGACGACCAGCUCUGGCUGGUGAUGGAGUUCUGUGGUGCUGGUUCUGUGACAGACCUGGUGAAGAACACGAAAGGGAACGCCCUGAAGGAGGACUGUAUCGCCUACAUCUGCAGGGAGAUUCUCCGGGGUCUGGCCCACCUCCACGCCCACAAGGUGAUCCACCGAGACAUCAAGGGGCAGAAUGUGCUGCUGACGGAGAAUGCCGAGGUCAAGCUAGUGGAUUUCGGGGUGAGCGCACAGCUGGACCGCACCGUGGGCAGGCGGAACACUUUCAUCGGGACCCCCUACUGGAUGGCCCCCGAGGUCAUCGCUUGCGAUGAGAACCCUGAUGCCACCUACGAUUACAGGAGCGACAUUUGGUCUUUAGGAAUCACAGCCAUCGAGAUGGCAGAGGGAGCCCCCCCUCUGUGUGACAUGCACCCCAUGCGAGCCCUCUUCCUCAUCCCCCGGAACCCGCCACCCAGGCUCAAGUCCAAGAAAUGGUCUAAGAAGUUCAUCGACUUCAUUGACACGUGUCUCAUCAAGACUUACCUGAGCCGCCCACCGACGGAGCAGCUGCUCAAGUUCCCCUUCAUCCGCGACCAGCCCACCGAGCGGCAGGUCCGCAUCCAGCUCAAGGACCACAUUGACCGAUCCCGGAAGAAACGAGGCGAGAAAGAGGAGACAGAAUAUGAGUACAGUGGCAGCGAAGAGGAAGACGACAGCCAUGGAGAGGAAGGAGAGCCAAGCUCCAUCAUGAAUGUGCCGGGGGAGUCGACCCUCCGCAGGGAAUUCCUCCGGCUCCAGCAGGAGAACAAGAGCAACUCGGAGGCUUUAAAGCAGCAGCAGCAGCUGCAGCAGCAGCAACAGCGAGACCCAGAGGCGCACAUCAAGCACCUGCUGCACCAGCGGCAGCGGCGCAUAGAGGAGCAGAAGGAAGAGCGGCGGCGGGUUGAGGAGCAACAGCGGCGGGAGCGGGAGCAGCGGAAGCUGCAGGAGAAGGAGCAGCAGCGGCGGCUGGAGGACAUGCAGGCCCUGCGGCGGGAGGAGGAGAGGCGGCAGGCGGAGCGGGAGCAGGAAUACAAGAGGAAGCAGCUGGAGGAGCAGCGGCAGUCGGAGCGCCUGCAGAGGCAGCUGCAGCAGGAGCACGCCUACCUCAAGUCCCUGCAGCAGCAACAGCAGCAGAUCCUGCCCGGGGACAGGAAGCCCCUGUAUCAUUACGGUCGGGGCAUUAACCCUGCCGACAAACCGGCCUGGGCCCGAGAGGUAGAAGAGAGAACGAGGAUGAACAAGCAGCAGAACUCUCCCUUGGCCAAGACCAAGCCAGGCAGCACAGGGCCUGAGCCCCCCGUCCCCCAGGCCUCCCCUGGGCCCCCAGGACCCCUUUCCCAAACUCCUCCUAUGCAGAGGCCGGUGGAGCCCCAGGAGGGACCACACAAGAGCCUGGUGGCACACCGGGUCCCACUGAAGCCAUAUGCAGCGCCUGUACCCCGAUCCCAGUCCCUGCAGGACCAGCCCACCCGAAACCUGGCUGCCUUCCCAGCCUCACACGACCCCGACCCCGCCGUGCCCGCACCCACUGCCACGCCUAGUGCCCGAGGAGCCGUCAUCCGCCAGAACUCAGACCCCACUUCCGAAGGGCCUGGCCCCAGCCCGAACCCCCCAGCCUGGGUCCGGCCUGAUAAUGAGGCCCCUCCCAAGGUGCCUCAGAGGACCUCAUCUAUCGCCACUGCCCUUAACACCAGUGGGGCUGGAGGGUCCCGGCCAGCCCAGGCUGUCCGUGCCAGACCUCGCAGCAACUCCGCCUGGCAAAUCUAUCUGCAAAGGCGGGCAGAGCGGGGCAACCCCAAGCCUCCAGGGCCCCCUGCUCAGCCCCCUGGCCCGCCCAACGCUUGUAGCAACCCUGACCUCAGGAGGAGCGACCCUGGCUGGGAGCGCUCGGACAGCGCCCUCCCCGCCUCUCACGGGCACCUCCCCCAGGCUGGCUCACUGGAGCGGAACCGGGUGGGAGCCUCCAAACUGGACAGCUCCCCCGUGCUCUCCCCUGGGAACAAAGCCAAGCCCGAUGACCACCGCUCGCGGCCAGGCCGGCCCGCAGAUUUUGUGUUGCUGAAAGAGCGGACCCUGGACGAGGCCCCCCGGCCUCCCAAGAAGGCCAUGGACUACUCGUCAUCCAGCGAGGAGGUGGAGAGCAGCGAGGACGAGGAGGAGGAGAGCAACGGCGAGCCGUCAGAGGGCAGCAGAGAUACCCCCGGGGGCCGCAGCGAUGGAGACACAGACAGCGUCAGCACCAUGGUGGUCCAUGACGUGGAGGAGAUAGCCGGGACCCAGACCCCCUAUGGGGGUGGCACCAUGGUGGUCCAGCGCACCCCUGAAGAGGAGCGAAGCCUGCUGCAUGCUGAUAGCAACGGUUACACGAACCUGCCAGAUGUGGUCCAGCCCAGCCACUCGCCCACCGAGAGCAGCAAAGGUCAAAGCCCCCCCUUGAAGGAUGGAGGCAGUGAUUACCAGUCUCGUGGGCUGGUAAAGGCCCCUGGCAAGAGCUCGUUCACGAUGUUUGUGGACCUGGGGAUCUACCAGCCUGGAGGCAGUGGGGACACCAUCCCCAUCACAGCCCUGGUGGGUGGAGAGGGCAGUCGGCUCGAUCAGCUGCAGUAUGACGUGAGGAAAGGCUCUGUGGUCAACGUGAACCCCACCAACACCCGGGCCCACAGCGAAACCCCCGAGAUUCGGAAGUACAAGAAGCGGUUCAAUUCUGAGAUCCUCUGUGCGGCCCUUUGGGGGGUCAACCUGCUGGUGGGCACGGAGAACGGGCUGAUGUUGCUGGACCGAAGUGGGCAGGGCAAGGUGUAUGGACUCAUCGGGCGGCGACGCUUCCAGCAGAUGGAUGUGCUGGAGGGACUCAACUUGCUCAUCACCAUCUCAGGGAAAAGGAACAAACUGCGGGUAUAUUAUUUGUCCUGGCUCCGGAACAAGAUCCUGCACAAUGACCCAGAAGUGGAGAAGAAGCAGGGCUGGACCACUGUGGGGGACAUGGAGGGCUGCGGGCACUACCGUGUUGUGAAAUAUGAACGCAUCAAAUUCCUGGUCAUUGCCCUGAAGAACUCUGUGGAGGUGUAUGCUUGGGCCCCCAAACCUUACCACAAAUUCAUGGCUUUCAAGUCCUUUGCUGACCUCCCACACCGCCCUCUGCUGGUGGACCUGACGGUCGAGGAGGGACAGAGGCUCAAGGUCAUCUAUGGCUCCAGCGCCGGCUUCCAUGCUGUGGAUGUCGACUCGGGGAACAGCUAUGACAUCUACAUCCCUGUGCACAUCCAGAGCCAGAUCACGCCCCACGCCAUCAUCUUCCUCCCCAACACGGAUGGCAUGGAGAUGCUGCUGUGCUACGAGGAUGAGGGCGUCUAUGUCAACACGUAUGGGCGGAUCAUUAAGGACGUGGUGCUGCAGUGGGGAGAGAUGCCCACCUCUGUGGCCUAUAUCUGCUCCAACCAGAUCAUGGGCUGGGGUGAGAAAGCCAUUGAGAUCCGCUCCGUGGAGACGGGCCACCUAGACGGGGUCUUCAUGCACAAACGAGCCCAGAGGCUCAAGUUCCUGUGUGAGCGCAACGACAAGGUGUUUUUUGCCUCAGUCCGCUCCGGGGGCAGCAGCCAAGUUUACUUCAUGACCCUGAACCGUAACUGCAUCAUGAACUGGUGACGGGGCCCUGGACGGGGCUGUCCCACGUGGACCAGCUCUCCCCCCAACACCCAGACUUCCCAGGCCGCCCUUCUUUUCCCUUCCUGGGCUUUGCUUUUACUGGUUUGAUUCACUGGAGCCUGCUGGGAACGUGACCUCUGACCCCUGAUGCUUUUGUGAUCACGUGACCAUCCUCUUCCCCAACAUGUUCUCUCCCCAAAACUGUGCCUGUCCCAACUUCUGGGGAGAGGCACAGCUUCCCCUUACCAGGAAUUGAGUGGGCCUAGCCCCACCCCCCCUUCUCCACUUAAGAGGAGAGUGCUUGGGGCUUGGACCCCAUAACCCACUGCUGCUGACUCGGCAGGGCCCUGGGCCCCUUUAUUUGCACGUCAGGGGAGCCGGCUCCCCCCUUGAAUGUACCAGACCCUGGGGGGGGCCACUGGGCCCUAGGUUUUAGGGGGGGUCACCAGCCACUCCAGGGGCAGGGACCAUUUCCUCAUUUUCUGAAAGCACUUUAAUGAUUCCCCUCCCCCCAAACCCCAGGGAAUGGAGGGGGGACCCCGCCAGCCAAAACAUUUACCCCUUUCCAACCCCUGUCUCUUCUAGCCUCUGCCCUUCCCUGGUGGAGGGAGGGAGCAGGGAGCUCUCACCCUCCAUACCCCCUUUGCUUGCAUCUGUAUAUAGUGUGAGCAGCAAGUAGCCCCGGCCCCUCCCUGCCCCCACCACUUCUCAAUGUAGUGGCCUUGGAGAUCUCCGUUUGUUAAUAAAGACCAUUCAACCAGCU